GUCAGAGCUCCAGGAAAGCCAAUUUACCUUUACACAAAUCUCUGCAGCUGCAUAUGCAAGCAUCGGAGAAUCUGGAUUUAUUUUGCAUUUUGAAUAGGAAGUGAUCUGCAACUUUUUCAAGGCUGACUAACCCAUUCUGAGGAGAUAAAAUUAAUUUUGUUUUGGGCCUUCUAAUUGGAUUUACCUACACAAGCCAUGACUUGAUUAAUUUUCACCUGACGGAUAGCAGUGCAGUCAAUCUCAAAUACAAUUUACAUUCUUCACAGCUUGCAAAUCAUCAGUGCCAACAAGAUGCAGAAGCAAGUGGAGGUCAGGAUAGAUGAGGGCCACUUGGAGCCCACAGUGGACACAACUGAGAGUGCAUGUAGCAGUGUAUGUGAUAAAAUCAUGAAGAACAUGGUUCUAACUCUGACAAUUCUUGGUGUGUUUCUGGGCUCCAUUGCUGGAAUGCUGCUGCGGCACAUAUCACCUCUCCCUCCUGAUGUUAUUAUGAUCAUAAGCUUCCCAGGGGAGAUCCUAAUGAGGAUGUUGAAGAUGCUUAUUUUGCCUCUUGUUGUUUCAAGUCUGGUCACAGGACUGGCUGGCUUGGAUGCUAAAUCUAGUGGGCGUUUAGGCACCAGAGCCAUGGUGUACUACAUGUCAACAACAGUGAUUGCAGCCGUCUUGGGGGUGAUCUUAGUGCUGCUAAUCCAUCCCGGGAACCCCAAGCUAAGAGCUAAUCUUGGACAGGGGAAGAAGAAUGAUGACGUUUCCAGUGUGGAUGCUUUGUUUGAUCUCAUCCGAAAUCUGUUUCCAGAAAAUUUGGUGCAAGCAUGCUUCCAACAGAUACAAACAGUGACCACAAAAGUACCGGUGCCCACUAACAGAACCAAAGCACCCCCGCAGUUCACCAUCAAGAGGUCACUUCAGUUCAAGAGUGGGAUGAAUGUUCUUGGUUUGAUUGGAUUUUUUGUUGCUUUCGGAGUCAUCAUGGGGAAAAUGGGGGAGAAAGCCAAGGUUAUGCUCGAGUUCUUUAAUGUCUUGAAUGAGAUCAUCAUGAAGAUUGUUAGUGCAAUUAUGUGGUACUCGCCUUUUGGUAUUGCCUGCCUAAUCUGUGGGAAAAUCAUCUCCAUUGCUGAUUUAGAGGUGGUUGCCCGACAGCUGGGACUGUACAUGAUCACUGUGAUAGUGGGCCUCAUCAUCCAUGGAGGCAUCUUCCUUCCAUUAAUAUAUUUUGUAAUAGUAAAACAAAAUCCUUUCACAUUCUUCAUGGGAAUAUUCCAGGCUUGGGUCACGGCACUUGGAACAGCAUCCAGUGCUGGAACCUUGCCUGUCACAUUCCGAUGCUUGGAGGAGAAUCUGAAAAUUGACAAGAGAGUAACACGUUUCGUCCUCCCCGUUGGUGCCACCAUCAACAUGGACGGCACAGCACUCUAUGAGGCCGUGGCUGCCAUCUUCAUCGCUCAGAUGAAUGGAAUUGAUCUCGACUGGGGCCAAAUUGUCACCGUCAGUAUGACAGCAACCCUAGCUAGUGUUGGAGCAGCCAGUAUCCCCAGUGCUGGACUCGUAACCAUGCUGCUAAUUCUAACAGCAGUGGGCCUUCCCACUCAGGACAUCAGCCUCCUUGUGGCUGUCGACUGGCUACUGGAUCGCUUCCGUACCUCAGUCAAUGUGGUUGGCGACUCGUACGGAGCUGGGAUUGUAUACCAUCUUUCCAAAGAUGAACUUGACUCCUUUGAUGCCCAACAAUCACGGCUGGAGGAUUUUGAGAUGACUAAAAAAAAGUCCUUCUUUGAAAAUAACACCAACCAGAAUGUAUACGCUCACCACAAUUCAAUCCUGAUAGACGACUGCAAGGUCACCAUGGGCAAAAAUGGCAAGACUGCAGGGUUCUCUCUUGUUGAAGAGGAACCAUGGAAAUGCGAGUAAAGCAGACCGAGGAGCUGCUGCGCCUUACCCUGAGUUGCACGAGCUUUUACCUUCUGAUGACGAAAAUAUAAAAAUAAUACCCAAACAACAAUUACUGCAGAGACUAUACAGGAAUACCACCCUAAAGAUGUUCUUUUUAAUUAUUUUUCUACUAUCCAUCUGUGUAGCCUCACAUCACCUUAGAAUGUACAUUUGCACAAACCAAACACAAGUUCCGACAACAUUUUGGUUGAAAAUGAAUCAGGGCCUUACUUGGUGCUGCUGCAAACUUCAUGUUCAGUCAGGUACAGAAUUCUUCAAUGUUUUGUAAUAUCUUGUUUCACUUUUGUAUUUAACAUUUUGUGUUGCAUAGAGAGCUCCAAAUAAUGAGUAAGAAGAGCAUUCGGCUGAUGCAAAUCUUAAGGUAAAUGGUUUAGAAUUGUUUUAAGCGGUGAAUGUUGCUUAUUUUCAGGAAUGGUUGAUUGGAUUUAGAUAUUUUUUGACUAGUUUAAAAUGCAAACAUGGUCAAUGGGUAGGCUCCAGAAGGUAAACAGAAGAUGCGCCUCUCUAUGCGAUAUUCCGAUACAAAGACAGGCUGGUGCAAUACGGUACCUUUUACUUUUCGACUAAUGGGAUUAUACUCUGAUGUUGCACACACAGUCAAGCCUAAGCCGAAAUCUUAUGUUUUACAACAUAAAGGGGAAAAGGGAUGGCGUCUAAUUGUGGCAACAGCCAGUGCAUGAUAUGUUGUUGUAAAGCAAGUACAUGAGGGUCCCCUCCAUGUUGCUUUGUUCAUGUUUUUGUAAAUAUUUUUGUAACGAUUGAAACACUGAAUUUUUAGGAGCAGUUACAGGGUAUGUCUGGAAUGUAUGUGUUGAUACAUUAUGUGCUGUUUCUGAGCACAAAAGGGAAAGAUAAACAUGGCAAACAAGCUGGGUGUCAGUAAAGAGGGAAAAGGUAGAAAUGGCUCUGACAUUAUUCAAAGCCAGUGCAUUGUUUUGUGUUUUUUUCUCUCUCUUUUGCUAUAUAUUUAAAUUGCCUUGAAAAAAUCAACUGCAUGUUGCAGUAAGCAUAUUAGUGAAAUUUCAGGAUAUAAGUUAAUAUGGGACUCCCAUUAAUGCAGGAAAUUAUUUGUAUUCAGUUUAAAGGCUGACUGAGGAUGGCUGGGCCCUCCUCAUCUGCGAGACUUUGAUUUAGACCAAUUUGUUUUUUGUCCCGUGACUACACAUUUUAAUUUGUGUGGUUAGGUGCAUAAUUGAUUUGGUAUCCAGCAUUUGAUUUUGUCAUCUCUUUAAUUUCUCUCAUUUAUUUUGGUCUAAAGAAAGCAACAGCUAAUGUAAAAAUAUUCUUGCUUAAAGUGCCUCCUUGCACUUUGUGUAUACAGUAUAUACUCUCUUUAGAUAAAUGUGUAAAAGUUGUAUGGAGCUUACUCGUCAUUGUUCUGAAUGGUUUUUGCAAUGCUUUCUAUAAUUAGUUAGCAAUUUAGAAUAUGUUUAGUAUACCCCACUAUGGGCCAGUAGUUUUUGUGAAUGUUUGUGAAGUUUUAUUAUUAUGAAGAUAAUUUCCCUUCAUAUUUCAGAGUAACUACCGAGUUCCAAAUCAUGGUCAAGGGGAAGAAGCCUAAUUAUCGAAUGAAUUGUGUAGUUGUUUGAUGGUGUAUUUGGUUGUUUCAGGGUCAUGAGCAAAGGGAAACACCUUUGUAAGUUGGAAAACGUUGGUGGCAGCUAAGUGUCUGUAUGUAGUGCGACCUGUGUCAGAUGUUCCGUUUAGGAGAUUUUCAUCAAGCAGUACAGGUCAUUUCACUUUGAGUAUACGGUUUGUUGUCAUUUCCGUAAAUGUGGUAGGUACCAGAAUAACUGAACUGCAUGUACGACAACAUUUUUUCCACCUUUUUUGUUUUUUACCUUUGGUAUCAGCUGCACUGAGUAUGUUGUUGGGUGACAAUCAACAGGAAUGGAAUGGGAAGAACACAAGAUCCCUUUUGUAUGUUUGUAUUUUAUUGAAAUACCUGACCAAUACAGCACUCAGUGAAAACACUAGCCAGAUCAGGGUUUACUGUUCUAAACCAAACUGUGACAUGCUGAAUUGAACUGCAUUGCUUUCAUGAAAUAUGGCUAUCAGUAUAGCACCUUUCAGGAAGAUGGGAAAAGUCUGUCCUGAUUCUGAUUGACGUCCUGAUCUGAAUAUCAGACUCAUAUGAAUGGAAUAUAUUAUCGCUGAAUUUAAAACUUCACUUUGAUAUUUCCUUUUAUCUUUUCGGGAUAUGACCAGGAAAUGUUCUUGAUCAACUGAUCUGGGUUAGUAAUUUCUUUCUUUUCUUCUUUUUUUUAAAAAUGAAAAUGUGAACUCUUUAGUAAAUUCAACAUGUAUUUUCUAUUUCUUUUUUCUCUCUAACAUCCAUUGCAAUGUAUCUUGACCUAGACUGUCCAAAUUCACAAGCAUGUUGAACAACUGCAGGGCAUAAGUCUUUGUCAGGCAAAAAAAAAUAUACCAAAAGUGUGUCUCAUGUGUUCAUAUGUGUAUGUAAAUAUCAAAUGAUACAAAUAAAUUAUUGAUGAGGUG